AAAUGUACCUGAUUAUUUUCAGAAAAUACCUCAAAGAAAGACAAGUUCAAAAGAAAAUCAGAAUACGUGAAACGAUGGAGAGGAUAACUCCAGUUGUAUUACUCGUUAGCUUGCUUAUCAUGUUUGCAUCAGUUGUGAAUCAGACCAGAGCAAAAUGUGCCGACGGACUAGGCACUUGUGAAAACUGCGACGAGAGAUGCAAGGCCAAACACGGGCCAUCAAGUGAAAGCAUCUGUGACCUCUCUCUUGGGAUGCCUCUGUGCAUGUGCUACUAUCAAUGUGCAGAUCCCCCACCGACUCCGACUCCACCCAAGAUUUGCAAUGGUGGAGCUGGUUUAUGUAGUGCAAGGUGUUUCGGAAGUUGUUGUGAUACUAACUGCGCACAAAAGUUUAACGGUGGACAUGGAUUUUGUAGCACCCUCGGUACUUUUAAUUUGUGCCAAUGUCAGUAUCCUUGUUAAAGCCGGUUUACAAAAUUGCAAACUGUUGUUUUUGAUUAUUAUUAACUUAAAUUCAGCAAUGCAAUAAUAAAAUAAUACUCCUUAUUUAC